GGGGGGGGGGGGUGUCGGAGAGUGACGGCGGAGGAGCAGCGGGGUCGGUUUCCGAAGGCCCCCCGUGUGUGUGUCUGUGCUUUUGGGCUGAACGAGACGGAUAGAAGUCGUGGGACUUCUCCCUUGGAGCUUCUGUGCCGAGAAUCCGAUGUUGGGCUCGGCUCCCUGGCUGAAAACAGCAGAUCAGCCCAUGAGAACUUCCAUUCCUAGCCAAAGGAAGGAGUCCAGCAAAAGGCAGCACCGACUUUUCCAGGCUUGGACGCAAGAAAGGGGGCAAGAAUUGGAGAGUGUGGAAUCUGAGAAAACAACUGAAAGGUGACAUUUAAGUUGAAGAUGGGGGGUGGAGAAAGAUUCAACAUUCCAGCUCCCCAGUCUAGAAAUACCACCAAGAACCAUCAACAACUUAAAAACAGGCAGAAGAAGACAGACCAGAAUUCACAGAUGAAGACCUAUAUGAAGAAAGAAAGAGGACACGGAUGCAACUCAUCACCUGGAGCAUGGCAGGCCAUGCAAAAAGGGGGAAAGAACAAUGUUCAUUUCCCCAAUAAUCAAAAUUGGAGUCCUACUUUAUCGAAUCGCAACCUGUUUUUCGCACCUCAGACCAACCAGAACUACGCUGGAGCAAAAUUCAGUGAGCCACCCUCACCAAGUGUUCUUCCUAAGCCACCAAGCCACUGGGUACCCGUUUCUUUUAAACCUUCUGAUAAAGAAAUAAUGACAUUUCAGCUUAAAACAUUACUCAAAGUCCAGGCUUGAGUCCAGGCAUUUUUAAAGUUAUUUAAAAUUUACAGGGUUUCAAAUUUGAGAAGCGUUGUUCCUAACCCCAGAGGCCAGAGAACCAGAUGUUCUUGCUGCAUGUAGUUAAGUCACUUGGAAGAGAAGGGGCUGAGAGUUUACAUUCCCCUUAUGUUUUUACCUCAAAAGUCGUGUGCUGUGUUCACUGUGAAAUAGGUAUUUUUGUAGAAUCAUCGAAUGGUUUGGGUUGGAAGGGACUUUAAAGAUCACCUUGUUCCAACCUCUGCCAUUUUCUCUGUAAUCAAUCUAAUCAAAUCCUGAACAGUUGCCAUUUAUUACAAAAGUGGGACUGUCAAAUUAGAAUUGUGACUGCUUUUUGGUGUGGUGGUAGAAAAUCAGCUUUUCCCUAACUUAAUGCAGCAUUAACUGGAAAAAAAAUGCACUGAAAGCUUUAGUCUUGUACUUUGCUGCCUUUCAAACUUGUGUAAAAUUAGCUAGUUAAAGAAAAACUGCAGAGCAGACCUCCACCUAGGACUAGGUAAACCACAAAUUAUUCUCUAGAGAGCUUGAUUAGACACCCUUGAAUCGGCAGAUGAGCGUUUACAGCCUGUGAUUAAAAUUUGGAUGUGGAAACAUCUUGGUGUGUCCUGGAACUGCCGCUCUCCAGCUCUCAGGAUGCUCCUUGGGCAUCAUCCCAAGUCAGACGGUGCCAACCCAUGACACUGCAUUGCCAGAUGACUGCCAAAAAAGCUAAAAAAUCCCCCAUUUGCACACCAAUUGCACUGAUGAAACCUAAAAUACAUUUUUAUACCAGUUUUUAAAAAUUGUAAAAGAGGUGGAGUAGUUAGUUAGGCUGGUCUUAAAUUGGGUACCCUGUAAUAAUUGUUGUGAGUUACAGUAGCUUGUGGCAGGUAUUAAAAUGUUUUCAUAGGGAAGACAGAGCCAUGUAAAUAAAUGUAAAACUUUGUAGCAUAUGUAAAUUGAUGCUGGGCUUUCCUGCACAGAAGUAUUUUUUAGUACAAAACUGCUGAAUGUAUGAUGACCAUGUGGAGUACAUGGCCUGAUUUAAAAAGAAAAAAAAUAUUUUGUUAAAAAAAACCUAAAUAAUUGUGGCUGUGCCCUUGCACUUAACGUACAGUGAAUAUGCACGUUGUUGUGAGCUCAUUUUUAAAGUAAACUCAGUGCAAAAGAGGCUUAUUUAGAAUUUUUUAAUAAAAUAAAAUUAAAAAAAAUUAAAAAAAAAAGCAAAGCUGCUCAAGUUGAAGAUCCUCAUGUUUGGAAUGUACAGGAGAGGUGUGUGUUAAACCAUGAAAAAAACAUUAAGGUGUUUAAAACCAAAUUGGGUGUUUCACAAAAAAAUGCCAAUGGCUGAGUUUGGGUGCUUGAUGAAUUGAUAGUUUUUUUUUUUCCUAAAAUGAAUCAAUGCUACAACAUUAUUUUGUCCCACUAGUUACUAAAAGAAAAUAGAGAAUAAAAUCUACAAAACGAGGGCAGUUGCCAGGGGCAGCUUUCACUGUUGUCACAAUUCAGUUGACCUAUAAUGGAAACAACUGAACUGUGAUAACAAAAUCCAGAGUUUUAAAAAAAUACAGUAAUUACUAAAAAAAAAAAAAAAAAAAGAGGUGCUUUAACUUAAGAGGGACUUUUGUGGACUGUGAGAUGUUCUGAGAUGUCUUUCUGUACAUUCAAAAUGCCUUGGCAGCUGGUUUGAAUGUUUACAAAUCUCUUGCUCCAAAUAAGAAGGAAUUGGCGAUCUUUAAACUUAAGGACUUUGUGACCUGGACCUUCCCCAGUGAAUGAGCUGUUAUCCCACUUACAAUUGUGUAUUAAAAAUUCAACUUCAAAUUGUCAAUUACUUACUUUGUAUGUACAAAUUGGAAACGAUAAAAAUUUAAAUAAACUAUUUUCACCCCCUAAAA